AUGCUCUCGGACCUGGUCCUCGCCGCGCUCCGCGUCGCGACCCGCGCCGCGGUCGUCGCGACACGCGCCGCGGUCGCGGCGCCGCGAGCGAUCGGCGCCUUCGCUUCGGCCGCGUUCCACGACGCCGUCGCGGAGUGGGUCGCGCGGCGGGCGCUCCGCGAACGCCGCGCGCGCCGCGCGCACUACGCGGCCUUCGCGGAGCGCGAGCGGGUCAAGGCCAAGGCCGAGGCCGAACGGCAGCGGGCGCGCGGCAAGCCGCCGCCGCCGAAGGCCCGCAAGGCGUCGGCGGCGAGGCCCCGCGCCCCCAAGGCCAAGGCCGAGCCCGCGGCCAAGCCCGCGGACUCGGAGAAGCUCGACGUCGUCCCGGAGGUCGUCCCCGCGGAGCCCGCGGGCGUCUCGUACGUGUCGCCCUGUGUCUCGCCGGACGACGGCGUCGGCGUCGAGGAGUCCAAGGGCGGCGAAUUCGGCGUCGGCGUCGAGGAGUCCAAGGGCGCCGAGCCCUUCGAGGAGACGCCGUCGGAGAGCACCGAGGGCUCGUCGCUCGGCGCGGAGGCCCCCUCGUCGUCCUCCGGCCGCUUCUCCUCGCUCGGCACGGAGGAGGAGGACAAGCUCUACGCGUCCCUCGACGCGGAGCUGUCGACGGCCCAGCGCCGCGGCGCCGCGCGCGUGCCCGCGCUGCUCCUCGCGCUCGUGGCGCUCGUCGUGCUCACGACGGCCGCGGAGGUCGGCUGGCUCGUCUACGAGCACGUCCGCCGCUCCGCGGCCGUGCGGCGCGCGCUGGAGACGGCGAUCGUGCUCCGCGUCUGCCGCGCGGUCCACGAGACGCAGCGGGAGCGCGGCCUGCUGUCGACGUACGUCGCGUCGGGCGGGCGCGCGAACGCGCUCGAGCUCGGCCAGCAGUUCCUGCGCACGGACGCGGCGCUGGACCUCGCCGUCGGCGCGGCGCUGCGCCACGCGGACACGGUGCGCGUCGCCGGCGCGCGCUCGGGCGACACGGACCUGUCGCCCUCGCGGACGGCGAGCCUGCUCUACGGCGCCGUCGACGUCGGCGCGCGGCGGGGCCUCUACGUCGGCGGGGCCGCGCGCUGGUCCGCGCCCGCGCCGUUCGUGUCCCUCGCGCGCGACGGCUGCCGCCGCAAGGCCUGCGCGCGCCUCGCGGCGCUCCUCCGCCACCGCGAGGCGACGGAGCGGCGCGCGGGCGACGCCGCGGCGCCGGACGACCACCUCGUCGCCUUCGACGCCUACAGCGCGCUCAACGAGAACCUGCUGACCGUCGCGCGCGACGCCGCGGUCGAGCUGAUGCGCGCGGGCCUGCGCGCGCAGCACCUCGCGCCGAGCCUCGUCGCGUCCGUGGCCCUCGCCGCCUACAAGGAGCACGCGGCCGUCGAGCGGGGCCUCGUCGCCGCGGACCUCGCGGCCCACGCCCGGAAGCGGCGGGGCCGCGCGGGCGCCGCCGUCUCGGGCGAGACGCGGGCCCGCGUCGCCCGCGUCGUCACGCUCCAGGAGUCGUCCCUCCAGAGCUUCCUCGCGCUCGCGCCGAAGCGCUUCGUCUCCGCCUACGCGCGCCACGCGGCCCUCGACUGCGUCCACGAGGCCGCCGCGCUCCGCGGCCGCGUCCUCGCCGACGACGAGGACGACGCGGACCACGCGGAGUACUUCGCGCUGCAGAGCUGCCGCAUCGACUCGCUCCAGGCCAUGAUGGACGACCUCCAGGCCGCGAUCCUCGCGGACGCGCUCGCGUCGCAGCGGGCCGCGCUCUGGCGCCUGCUCUACCUCGGCGCGCCGCUCGUCGGCGUCCUCCUCGCGGGCGCGUACCUCGGGCUCCUCGGCCUCGUGGCCUUCGUCCGCUACCAGGAAAGCGUCGCCGAGCGGCUCGACCGCCUCCGCUCCGCGGAGCGCAAGUACAAGAAGCUCCUCACGACGUGGGUGCCGCUCAAGGAGCGGAUCGCCGGCGCCGCCCCCCCGAACGAGGCCGCGUAG